CUGACAACUUGAUGACUCAGUCAGAGAAAUAGCCACAACAAGGUGGCAACUGAAAGGAAGGACGAGUCUUCAUCUUUUGUCAUCUAUUGAAUAUAUUCCCAAAGGACUAUCAAGCAAGUUUAACGACACCCAAAAGCCAAGAUGAUGCUCCAAAGAUCUAUCUUGCUCGGUCUGCUGUGGACUCUGUCCGCAUCCGCCCUGGCGCCCAACAGCAACAACAAUCCACUCCAGCAACAUAAUGGAGAAGUCAGUCGUCGAGGAGCCUUUCUUCAAACGGCUGCUGCCGCCGUCACGGCUGUAACAGCCACUACCUUUGUCACUCCGGCGAAUGCCGUGCCCCAAACGGGCAUUUCCGCUCCCACCUUUGAACUACCCAACAGUCGUGGCGAAGGCACCACCACGCUCAAGGAUCUCGUCAAGACUGGCAAAUGGACCGUCCUCUACUUUUAUCCCGGAGCCUUUACAUCCGGUUGCACGUUGGAAGCCCGCUACUUUCAACGAGACAUUGACCAAUACCGACAACUCAAUGCCCAAAUUGUCGGAGUGUCGGUGGAUCCUGUCGAAAAGAACAAGGCAUUUUGCAGUGCCGAAAAUCUCGACUUUUUCAUGCUCUCCGAUCAAGGAGGAAAGGUCUCACAGGCAUAUGGAUCGGCACUGUCCAUUCCCGGAUUUGGAACAUUUAGCAAUCGUCAAACCUACUUGAUUGACCCCAAUGGAGAAUUGCGUUGGAUUUUUAAUGAUGUGGAAAGUCACAUUCCACGACACAGUGAAGAAGUGCUGGGCAAACUACGAGAUUUGGAAGGUGCAGUCAAGGCAUGAUGAUGUUGUUACAUACGGCACAUACAUACUGGUGUAGUGUAAGAAGAUGAAAGAAAGAGACAGAAAUAAAGCAAGAAAAUGAAAGAGCUGUAGUUUUGAUUGGCAAUAGAAUAGUCUACUCUAGUAGUAGUUGGAUCAAAACCUGAUAAGGACAGGUCGCCUAUUG